ACUCGAAAACGUUUGCAAAGCUGGUCAAACUAUUUUUUUCUUUGGGAAGGCUCAUGCGUCUGUCGUGUGGAACUCCUGCGCACCGGUCGGAACGUCGUCGCGUUGGAGAAGGAGGCGAAGAUGAUCAAUUACCUUCACGAGUUCGUGAAGGCACGCGUUGCAGACACUCACAAUGCUUAUGAGUUUGUCCAGACCACUGGCGAACGAAACUGGGAUCCCAAACGUGACAUGUAUUGGAAAUUGCCGGGGAACAAAAGGACGGAGGUUUGGGACUUCCUUUUCCAACCCGGACCGGCUGGUCCGACCGACCUUAGAUACAGUCGACGGAGAAACCUGGUGUUCGGUGUGCUGAAUGGUUACCACGAUGCACCCAGGGAGUCUGUCUCGCAUUUCCUGAGAAGGCUGGAGCACAUUUACUUCACGCUGGCCGAACCGCUCACCCUCGAAAACUACAAGUCACAGUUUGACGAGGAUGACACUUUCGACGCUGAAGAUAUGGAGGAGUUGAGCGACUCCGAAACCUUCGAUUUCGAGUCCAUGCCACUUCCUCGGGUGGUUGGACAGGUUAGUGAUGAAGAGGAAGGUGGCCCUCAGAGAUAUAGCACGUCCCCUGCCGGUUUGAAGCGUGUGUUUCGGGGCGAACCAGUCGACGACCAAUCGUCUGAUGACGGGGAGGGAGAGGGAGACUAUGAUCACGAACCUUGUGACAGGCUCCCUGAGGACCACGACACCUGGCAGAAUGACAGACUCUACUUCUUCGGCAAGCAUCACCGGUUCACGCCGGAGGAUGUCUGGGGACACAACAUCGUCUGGCACCCGAGGAUAUUCCAACCUGCUGUGAAGAAUGGAAAGUGGGUCAUGGCAAUGAAGGGGGCCGAUGGCGAGUGGAGUGGAAUGAAGAGACUGGGAGCGGGUACAUUUAAGAGAACGGCGAGAGAUGCUCUGGUGGAGCAUUUGAGUCUUAUGAACCCCGAGAGGAGCGAUCCCGACGUCGCAGCGUAUGCAGAACAAAAGCUAAAUGAGUUGUACGCCAGCAAAAUGUUGGAGUUUCGAGCGCCUUUCUACGCACUAGAAACGGCACCGUCUCGUGGCAUUGACUGGUGCAUGCCGCAACCUCCGUCGGCCGGUCAGCAUCCGGGAGGGGGUGGAGGAGGAGACGAAGGAGACGGCGGAGGUGGCGGAGGAGACGGGUCACAGUUUGCCGGAAAAGGAACGGGCGAGACGUCGUCGGGCGAGAAGGCGUCCGGCGGAAAGGGGUCAGGCGGAAAGGACUCGGGCGGAAAGGACUCGGGCGGAAAGGGGUCGGGCGGGAAGGGGUCAGGCAGGAAGGGGUCGGGCGGGAAGGGAUCGGGCGGGAAGGGGUCGGGCGGGGAGGGGUCGGGCGGAAAGCGUAGAACGUCCGGGAGUCCCCAGUAUAUGGAAACUGACCCCCACUGCGUAGGGAGUCGAGAUUCCGACAUGCAAGACGAGGCCACCCUGAGGUCUGAUCAAGUGCGAGUAGAUUCGCACUUGUCUGCGAGGACUUUGUUUCCCGUUGCAGAUGAGAGUCAAUCCCGUCGUGCGUAGCAGAGGUCUCCUGUGCUCAACACCUUGCUCCUGAAAGAGGGCGCGUCUUCGUUUUGCCUGGAGGGCGGGAUGCCUGCAUUGCG